AUGCGUCUGGCCCCCGCCUCUACGGAAAUGCGUGUGUACCACACAACACAAAAAGGGAAGUACCGCAAUGCGUGGCGUGUGUAUGAGUGUGUCUGCGACUCCUCCACUCGAUCUCGGCACCAUCAAGUGGACGGCCGACCUGAUUCCUGCCUCCUCCCCCAUCCCUUUGUCUCCUCCUCAGGUCCAAUGAUAGAUCCUGGUACCACGGCCUCGUCUCUCUUCCUCAACACCUCCCUCAGCGUCCCGGCGGCCAAAGCCAGUAAAGGAGGAAACAUGGACAUGCUCGCCGUUGUCCUCAACGCGUUCACCAUCCUGCUCGGCAUUCCGGGCAACUCCAUUGUGAUCUGGUUGGCGGGUUUCAAGCUCAAGCCAAACGUCCUCAACGUGUGGCUGGUCAACCUGGCGGUAGCAGACGUAAUCUUCUGCUUCACCCGGAUCUUCUCCCUGAUCAAGAAGCUGUUCUUGGACCACUGGCCCUUCGGCUUGUUCAUCUGCAAGUUCAACGGUUUUUUCAAGUACGCCAACAUGUUUUGCUCCGUCUUCAUGCUGGCCGUCAUCAGCCUGGACCGGGCCAUCUGCGUCUGGUUCCCGGUGUUCACCCGGCGCCACCGCACCGUGUGUACCGCCCGAGUGGUGGCGGUGUGCGUGUGGGCGGCAUCUGUAGUCUUCAGCUCGCCUUACUUCUUCUACCGGCAAGUCUUUUCAGACAGCAAGAACCUGAGCAAGUGCACGGUGGAGGAGGUGAAGGACGCAGACGCCAGGACGGCACUCUACUUCAUCCGCUUCCUGUGCGGUUUCUUGCUGCCAUUCCUGGUCAUCCUGGGCUGCUACAUCGUGGCUGCUGUGGGCAUCCGUCGCACCCGCUUAUCAGGCAAGUCGCGCCCCUUGCGGGUGUUGGCCUUGCUGGUGGGCGCCUUCUUCCUGUGCUGGGCUCCAUACCACGGCCUGCUGAUGCUCAGGAUGGUGGAAAGCAAAAGCUCGGUUGUCAAGUUCUGGUUGCCUGUCGCCAAGGGCAUGGCCUACUUCAACAGCUGCGUCAACCCGCUUCUUUACUUCUUUGUGGGCAUGAAGCUGAAAGGCCGGAACAAGAAGUCUCUGGAGGGCCUCUACAGGAGCGCUCUGGCCGACGACGUUGACGGACAGACGGGGGAGUCCAACGGCGACUCUGGGGGGAGCGGGUCCCGGGUGUGAUGAGGGAGGCGGACAACUAAAAGAAAUGCUAAAUGCUGUGUGACGCCUCCCAUUGUCUUGUUUGUUUUAAUUUGGUAUUUAGGCACUCCAUAACUGCCCACACAAUGGUAGUACUAUCUUGCUCACUACUUCUGUACUGUCAUUUUGAUAAAGAUUUGCAUCCUUUCCUGACAUUGUGCAUUUUCUCCACUGAUAACUUUGAUGUAAUUUUAUUGUCGUCAUAUUCAAUGUUACUGUUCUGCUGUGUGCUGUGCUCAUGUUUUCAAUUUUGUUCUGUUCUGGGGACCACUGAGCUAGCUCAAGAACUGUAGUCGGGAUCAGUCAUUUUUUUUUUUUUUUUAAUUGAUGGACCUCCAAACAUCCGUUGAGUCAUGAGAACGGUAUUCUGAUUACAUAACUUUAAUUGGCGUUAAAAAGCAUGCCAUCUUUUAAUAGGUUGUCGUAUCGGUCUGCAUGUCGUGACUGGGUGACUAUACAUAUUCUGGUGUAAAAUCUGUUCAAAUUUUAAGUGUGCCAUAUCUUUUUCAUGAAUUUGAAUGACAUUCACAUAAAAAGGUUUCCAUGAUUUGAAGCCAGUGUCAGCUGUCAAUGAAUCACACCUCAUCGACAUGGAUUGACUCAUCUGGUUCCGAAUUCAGUCUCAGUUUAUGCGUGGCGAGUGUCUCAGAAGUCUUGAUGGGAGUACUGAGUCAAUAAAUCUGCAAGUCCAGGCGCGUAAAAUAACUACCGGUAACUGAAACUUCCUUUAGGAUUGGGUUUUAAAAGUUCACC